CAAGGUCGCGCCGUUGGAAACUGCUGGCGCUACUUCUCGGAAGGAUAAUUCGUACUACUCCGCACGCUGGUAUAUGCGUUCAGACAGCUCGAACGGUGUUUAUGAUUGCAUAUGACGUCUAUUUAUGCCUCAGGAGGCUCUCACAAACUACAUAUGGAACAACGACGGCAUUCACAAAGAAUGGAAGAUGCAAACACAAGACGUCCAACUUCAAGUGAAAUUUUCACACUUUCCAAGUUGGAGCCGGAGUCACAGGAGCUCACGCCAUCUCCACCAAGGCGCUUAACUGCGGCUGGAAGACUUUCUUUGGGCGGCUGUGACCCCAUCGCUUUAAAGCCGAGCCGUGUACAGGCAGAAAAGAAGUCCUACGCGGCCGGUAUUGACAAAUGCUGGUGGGUGGCGGUGCUGGCCUUUCUCAUGACCGUCAUGGAGUCGUCGUCCAGCCGCUGCUCCGGCUUCCUCAUGGUCGGAAUCAUGGAGCAGAUGAACGUCGAACGCGGCCUCGCCUCCUGGCCUGUCAGCCUCAUCGGCUCCCUUAUCGACUGCGGAGGCCUAAUCUCUGGACCUCUAAGCGAAGUCUUCACCACAGUUCCCGUGCUGGUUGGGGGAUCCGUGCUGGCUGCAGCCGGCGUCAUAGCAUCUUCAUUUGCCCCGGAUAUCACAUGGCUUAGCGUCACGCUGGGAGCUGUGCAUGGUCUGGGCCUUGGCAUGGUGAUAACCAUGCUGCAGGUACUCAUCAGCAUGUACUUCGAGCGGUACCGUGGAGCCGCCAACGGCAUCAUGUUCGCCGGAUCCACUGCCUCUGCGUUCAUCUUCACCCAUAUGCUGCUGUACUUUAGAGACACCUACGGCUUCCGAGGCAGCCUGCUGCUGUUUGGUGCGGUUCUCAUGAACUUGGUCGCCUUGAGUCUCGCUUUCCAAGAGCCACCAUGGGUUAAGAGAGACAGAAUCAAGAGGAGAAAAGGCGCACAGGGGACAAGGAGGCCAUCGAUAUUCACAGCGGAUUCAAAGCAUGGGAAAAACGUUUCCGCCACUGUGAUAAUGCUAAGAAACAUUCUCGGAGUGCUCAAGUGUCCCAUGGUGUACGUUCUCACGACCACGUGGCUAGCGUUCUGCUUCAACUACGACAUUUUCUUCUCCACGAUCGUGGACUUCGCCAUGGACAAAGGGAUGCCCCUGGAGGACACCGUGUCUUUCAUCACCUACACGUCUAUCACGGAUCUCGUGGGAAGGGUUGUCCUUCCUAUUUUCACUGAUCGUGGGCUCCUGCAGCGGUCGACGUUAAUCGUAUUGAACUACUUUCUCCUUGGCUUGUGCACUAUGUCACUGCCAUUCUGCGACUCCUACUGGGUCCUGCUUGUGGCGUGUCUAGGCGUGGCCUUAUUCCUCGGCUGUGCCAUUACCAUGCACAGCGUUCUGAUGGCCCAGUAUUUGGGAAUCGAAAAACUUGCAGCAGGGUAUACCGUUCUGGGCGCCCUAUGUGGACCAGCACUCUUAGCAAAGGCCCCUUUCGUAGGGUUCUUCAGGGAUGACCUUGGUUCGUACAACGAGAUGUUCUGGGUCCUUGGAGGCUUCAGCUUUUUUGUGAGCGUUCAGUGGACGUUCGUGUCCUUGGUCGAUAGAAAGAGAGCUCGCAGGUGGCAGCCAGACAUUGCGCACGAGGGCUCGGAGCAAAAAUCGUGACGAACUAUGGCAGUAUAGGGUAAUAAUUUGAGAAAAUAUGAAUUAUUGCCGAGCUUUCAUGGUAAGACUAGUAAAUACUUUUGAUGCUUUUAUUUUUAAAUGCGGGAGCAUUUAAAAAUGUUCUAUAAAAUAGGGUGUUACACCUAUUAUGGACUUGUGGGACUGCAUCGUAGCAUGCUGCUAGAAAAUAAUUUCUACUUAGUUGGGAUUGCCAAUGCUGUCGUGGUAAAUAUGAAAAUAUAUUACAUUGAAGCUAUAUAUGGCUAGGGUUCCAUUAUUUUUUGUUCUGCUUGAACAAGAACUAUUAUCAUCUAUGGCUCAUAGGCAUAGAUGCAGCGUGUGGCAGGCAGCGACAGGCAGCGUGUGAGGUAGGCAAGGAAAAUAAAAUGCAAUACUAGUAGCCGCGUAAGGCAGAGGCUACAAGCACCCAGCAAAGUUAAACGAACAGUGCUUAUAUUCUUUCUAACCAUGCAUACAACAUACAGAAGAGCAUGUCGAAAACUGUCAUCAUGAAUGGCUCAUACCCCGUGAGCAAUGGCACAUACCCCCAUCAGCAAGCAAGAGAGAGAGAGAGAAAUUUAUUUACAGAAAGGCAGAGAGGUCGGCCUGAGCUAUAACAUGAUUUGGCCUGCUACUCUAAACUGGGGAAAAGGGACGGGGAGGGAAAGGGUGGAUGAAUGAUGAUGGUAUAAGGAAGAUAUGCGUAUAUACAAAAAAUUCACUGACUCAUAGUCCGGUAAUGUUCAUGGCUGCUGACUUUGCUUAAGUUAGCUGCGAUGACACUACCCCUGUUGGCAUCCUCGGUGAUUUCCAUGUGUACGUGUCGGUAGCGAAAAUAGAGCAGUUUACUCGUUCCUUGUUGGAGACACAUCCAGUCCGACGCCACACUGACCCGGCCCUAUCGACCACCUAGUAGAGUACGUGUAUCGAUUUGACAUUAUCAAACAAUGUGUACGUAGCUUUCAUCACGAUGACCACUCAUCAAAUAAAUGAAUUCUUACCUUUCUUCAAAAUUAUGAGUUAC